AGGAUUUCUAAAAACCGGCGCUAAAGGAAGCGCGCAGGGGAAUUUCGGCCUAAUGGAUCUUGUAGCAGGUUUACACUGGCUUCGGGAGAACCUUCCAGCUUUCGGUGGCGAUCCCGAGAGAGUAACACUGAUGGGACACAGCACGGGAGCUGCCCUCGUUAAUUUCAUAGCUGUCUCGCCGGUCGCUAAAGAACUCCUGCAUCGGGUGAUACUGCUGAGCGGUUCCGGAUUAAGUCCGUGGGCUCUACAAAGGGACCCUUUAUCUGCGAAACGUAGAGUGGCCGAAGACACCGGCUGCCACGGCGACCUCCUGGACGACGAUUUAGCGCCAUGCCUCCGAUUAAAACCGUUGGAUGAUUUAUUAUCAGUGAAAGUGAACCCUCCGCGAUUUCUUCCCGGCUUCGCACCGUUCAUCGACGGCACGAUACUACUAAAUCCGACGAACGCGCCCCCUACAUCGAGCUCAUCAACCGUAGCUACCUCAGCGGGUUUCGAACUAGCCGAUUUUCCGGAACGCGAUCUUUUAUUUGGUUUAACUAGUACUGAAUCGUAUUUAGACCUAAGUGCUCAAGAUUUAGAAUUCGGUUUUAAUGAAACAAGACGUGAUAGGAUUUUACGAACGUAUGUGAGAAACUCGUACUAUUAUCAUUUGAACGAAAUUUUUUCUACGUUAAAAAAUGAAUAUACGGACUGGGAGAGGCCAGUGCAAAACCCUUUGAGUGUUAGGGACGCGACCCUUGAAGUGCUAAGUGACGGACACACGUCGGCACCGUUAAUUAGGAUAGGAUAUUUACAUUCUAUGCGUGGUGGAAAAACAUUUUUUCUUCACUUUUUACACCAAAGCGGAGAACGGGACUUUCCACAGAGAGCUGGAAGUGUACGAGGUGAAGAUAUUCCAUACGUUUUGGGACUUCCACUGGUCGGAGGAGGACCAUUCUUUCCUCACAAUUACAGUCACGCGGACGCCAUUGUUGCUAAAGUGCUAAUUCACUACAUUAGUAAUUUCGCAAGAAAAGGGGACCCAAACGGACCGACACCCAGCGCAUCGACGGUUGAAACUUUGAAUAAGGGCACGCAAACUAAUGACGAGAGUAGCACGCCGUUUUGGGAUACAUAUGACACCAUCAAUCAGUUGUAUCUUGAGUUGGGAAAUCGUCCAGAAAUGCGUAACCAUUAUCGAGGCCAUAAAAUGUCACUUUGGCUUAACUUAAUACCUCAGCUCCAUAGGCCUAGCGAAGGGGAUGAUACUUCGAUGAGGCAUCACCACUUUCAAGAGGAAGGGGAUCAAUACUACGACGGCUCAGUUCGGGAACAAUCACUUCAGAGACCGCAUCUGGUGCACGUAAUCGCACCCCCGCCAUCUCCAACAACGCCGAGAACAGUUCUGGUUACCACAUCAACAACGCAGUUGCCUCCCAAAUCCGAUACAGCCCUGCAGGCCACCACCACGGAGUGUCCACCGAACCACACCAUUGGAUACCCGCUGACUAAACUAUCCAACAGCAACAACUUGCUGAAGAAAUUAGCUUCGAGCCACUACCAAAGUUACACAACGGCGCUGACGGUUACAAUUGCAGUCGGUUGCUUCCUUUUGCUACUCAACAUACUAAUCUUCGCCGGGAUCUACCAUCAACGGGAUCGCACUAAAAGUAAUAAAAAGAAAAAGGAGGAACUGGCAGAAGCCGGUAGUUGUAGUAGCUCCUCGGGCGAGAACUACGACAGUAAGAGUGCGAUGUUUGAUUCCCACCAAAUUAGUUACGACUCUUGUAAAAGUUCGCGCGAACUUUCACGAACUACAAGUUUUGACCGUAAAUCAGCCCCUAAUUAUAUCGGUGAGUAUAGUUAUGAGAAACAUUCCUUAGCGGGCAUGCCGAUGUCGGAGUUGCCCCUGCAAGAGUUUAAGUCAUCGCCGCCGCCGGGAAUUAAAAGGAUCGAGACACCUCUCGUUCGCCCUCCUAGUUACUCAAAUGAUGAACAUUCUCAAAAUAUAGUUAGUCCGAGUAUUCCAGAACCUCCACCUCCGCCCAAAAACCAACCUCCUAUCCCCAGUAAUCAAGUGGGGAUUUUAAGACCACACGGUGCUCCUACAACGCCCGGAACAAUGAAAAAACGUGUUCAAAUUCAAGAAAUAUCUGUUUAGUGUACAUUUUCUCUUAAAAAAAGUCAGCUGUUAUUGUGAUUGUUUCCGUACAUAUUACGAUUUAAAGACUUACCCACUUGUGUUGUAUUCGCAACUAAUCAAAAUCAUAUCUGACUGAAUUUGGUAUAGGAAUUGCUCUGUGAUUGUCAUAACAGAUCGCUAUGCCAUCCACAAUUAUUAUUUCAGGAGUUGAAUCUCAUGGUAACCCUUGCGCAUGACUGAAUUAAUUGUGGAUGGUUUCCUAUUUUAUUUAGGGCGUAGUGUACUUAUUUGACUAGGUUACAGAUGCCAGACUAUGUUAACAUGAACAAUAAUGAAAGGAAUUUAUUUAGUGCAAAUAUGGCAAGUUCUUCACAAUUUAUAAAGUAUUAUAAAGGUAUCGAAACACUGUCGAUUACUCCCGGAAAUUUCUUUGAAAGGGUACUUGGUAGGUUCGGACAAUCACAUUUGACUGUUUGAGUCAAAAUAACGCCCACAAAUAGGUAUUUUUGUUAAUUAUUUUAUAAGAACGUUCACAAACUGAUUGCAGUUUCCAGUCGUAAUCGGCGGUGUUAAGAAAACUAUCGUGCCACAAACUAUGCUAAAUGUUAUAUUAAUAAACGAUAUUGAAAUAAACGUCUCUGCAUUGUCUUUUAAAAUGGAUACACGAUUCGAUUACAACUGCCGUUUUUAAAGGGUGUUCCAUAUUACAUGUAAAUGCUAAACUUUAGUAAUAUUCCGUUGUGCAUUACCACUCCUACAAUAAUUCACAUUUUUACAUUGAUGAUGAAAAUAAACAAUAAUUAUAUUGAACUUGAAUCCAAUUUUAUAAACGAGGGGGUGACUGUACAAACACCUACAUCCUAUAUCGAUGUGAGGAUUAAAUUGUUUCACUA